AUGACCCACCUGCCCCACCCCACCACAGACACUUCCAGCAGCCCAGUCAUGAUCCAGAGCAACCAGUCCUGCUCCAGUGACAACAUCACGUUCAAGUCCACCCUGUACGCCACCACCUACACCCUCAUCUUCAUCCCUGGGCUCCUGGCCAACAGCGCUGCCCUGUGGGUCCUGUGCCGCUUCAUCAGCAGGAAGAGCAAAGCCAUCAUCUUCAUGAUCAACCUGGCCGUGGCCGACCUGGCCCACGUGCUCUCACUGCCCCUGAGAAUAUACUACUACAUCAACCACACCUGGCCUUUUGGGAGCUUCCUCUGCCUGCUGUGCUUCUACCUGAAGUACCUCAACAUGUACGCCAGCAUCUGCUUCCUCACCUGCAUCAGCAUCCAGCGCUACUUCUUCCUGUACCAGCCCUUCAAGGCCAAGGACUGGAAGCGGCGCUACGACGUGGCCAUCAGCGCCGUGGUCUGGCUCUUCGUGGGGGUGGCCUGCCUGCCCUUCCCCAUCAUGAGGGGCUACGGGCUGGCCAACAACAGCCACACCUGCUUCGCCGACCUCCAGGUGCGGCCCAUCCGAAGCAGCGUGGCCACGGUGCUGAUGACGGGCAUGGCCGAGCUCUUCGGCUUCGUGGGCCCGCUCGUCAUCAUCUUGUUCUGCACCUGGAAGACAAAGAACUCCCUCCGGGGCUUCCACAUCCCGCAGGAGAACAGCGGCGAGAGGCGCAAGGCCCAGCGGAUGGUUUCCAUGUGUGCCGUGGUGUUCUGCGUGUGUUUUGCCCCCUACCACAUCAACUUCUUCUUCUACAUGUUGGUGAAAGAGAACGUCAUCACCGACUGCUUCCUGAGCACCAUCACGCUCUACACACAACCCUUCUGCUUGAGCCUCGCCAGUCUGGACUGCUGCCUGGAUCCCAUCAUCUAUUUCUUCAUGACUUCGGAGUUCCAGGACCAGAUAUCCAGGCACAGCAGCAUGGCCAUCAGGAGCCGGCUCAUGAGCAAGGAGAGCGGCUCGUCGGUUAAGGAGUGACAGGAAAGCCAGCUGAAAAAAACUCAGGUAUUUCAUAGGAGGUCUGGGACUGUUCUGGGAUACUCAACUACCAACUCCAUUGUGGAAGAUCCUGCCAGUGCAGGGGAGUUUUGUGGCAGUGAAAAUCUUUGAUACACAGAAGAUAAAACUCUGUCUAUGACCGUGUUUGGGAUCUGAUGAGCGACCCAGCUGGUGUGACCCUCCCCACCCCUGGGCCACCCACGCCCGGCCUGGCUGGACUAGAAAACAUACAGGAGGGAGAGACAGAGCUUUUGCUAGGAAGUGAUGGAAAAGUCCCAGGGGCUUUUCUUCUAUUUUCCCAGCUCCAUGGCUCUAGGAUGAAGCCAAAGACAGUGCCACAUCCAUACACUGACAUCUGCUGAAGUGUCUUCUCUGGGACAACCACAUAAGAACAUAAAAAUGGCCAGUAAUCAUAAGAGACAACUGGGGCUGUGGACAGGUGGAGGCUCCAGCCCACUCCUGGCUUUGUGUGCAUCCCACUGCUCACUACCUCUGCUUCACCUUUCCCACACUCACCUUCCAACUCCCCUCCUCCAUUUCCUCCUCACCCACCUCUGUUUGCUCCUUAAUUGCUGACACAUCCUAUAACUUGCACCUACAGCUGGUGCAAGACCCCCUGGAAGACAAGUCUCCUCCAGCACCCCAGAGAGUGGCACCUUCCCUUGCUCCGAGUGACUUUCUCCCUCUCCAAGCUGCCCCUGUUGGCAAGGGGGGCAUCAGGACAUGUUCUUCGCCUUUGGACCCCGAGGGACAGGACCACGGUGGUCCUGCCAUUCGUGCAGGUGGAUUUAUUGAUGGUGGUGGUACCACUCAGGUCCUCACUCUCUUCUUUGUGGGGCUUCUUGGGUCAGAGGUGCCUGAGGUGAAUCUGCCCCAUAAAACCUCAGCUCAACAGGUUCAACUGAUGCAGCUUUUUAAAAAAGAAAGAGGUUCUUGCCAAGGUGAUUCCACUAACAGAGCACAGGCUAAGUGCAUGAAUUAUUGUGGGUUUUUUCUGCCAGCUCCUCUCAUGAUCCUGAUGUUUACAUUUUUAUGUAGCUGUGCAGAGCAGUGACAAGGGAGGAUGUCAUUUACCCCUUACAUUAAAUUAGUGACAGCUCUUCAGCCAAGCCACCCACGGUGGAACUUCCAGGGUAUCCUUGUGAUACCUGGGAGUUGAUUUGGCUGAACACAGGCACCUAUCUGUUGCCUUUGAAAGCCUGCAUAUUUUCAAGAGAAUGUGUACAAUUUGUACAAUGUGCAGUCUUGCAACAGAAAAUAUCUUACAUGUUGCUACAAAACCAGCAGAACGACCAGAAACACUUGCUAAGUGUAUUUUAAAUCUUACCACUCAAUUCCACUGAGUUACAUUUUAACUCACCCAAAUAUUUUCUGUAUGUUAUGUUUUCCCACUUCUCUGUUUUACAAAACAAAUGGGGGAAAGCAAACAGUAGCCAGGUUUAAACAACCGUUUCACUGGGGCUGCUCUAAAAGGUGGUGGCACACUGACUAAGCACAAUAAGCUCCCAUAGUUCUCCUCCCACGUGUGAGAAGAUGACUGUGGGCUGCAGUAGCAUGAACUGGAUCCUGCACUGGAUGGAAAUGUUUUCUGUGAUGUAACUGGCAGUUUGGGAUGCUGCUGACACCCAGAAAUGUUUGCACACUGCAAGUAGUCCCUUCACAAAGGGGUUGAUGCUCAGGUACAGAGUUAACCAGAAUAAAAUUGUUCUCAAUUCAGCAGUUUCUCAUAAGCUACACUCUGUAUGAUGUCAGUGAAGGAGACUUUAGUUUUGAUGGUUGUUUUGAGGGUUUUUAUAGACCUUGCUCGGCUGGCACGUGACUGGGAGCUGUUUCCUGUCAUUUCUUUCUCGUACGAUCCUCCCUUGAUCAGGUGAAAACAAGUCAAAGGCAUCAUUACGGGAACUCUGUAGCUUGUUCUGUGUUUUUCUUCCCAGGAACUGAUGCUUUAAAAAAUAAACACAGUUUUGCAAACAUCA